AAGUGACGCAGGAGAUCCUGACGUGGCCCGGAAGCGCCGCCAUCUUGAGGAAGGAAACGCCUUGGAGUUGAAGAGGAAACAAACUAACUUUAUUAGACACACACACACCUUUACAGCGGCUCUACAGGAUGGGGAAUAUCUUCGCGAACCUCUUCAAAGCCUUCGGUAAAAAGGAGAUGAGAAUCCUGAUGGUGGGUCUGGACGCGGCCGGGAAGACCACCAUCCUGUACAAGCUGAAGCUCGGGGAGAUUGUCACCACCAUCCCCACCAUCGGGUUUAACGUGGAGACUGUGGAGUACAAGAACAUCAGCUUCACGGUGUGGGACGUCGGCGGUCAGGACAAGAUCAGACCUUUAUGGCGUCACUACUUCCAGAACACACAGGGUCUGAUCUUCGUGGUGGACAGUAACGACAGAGAGCGGGUGAACGAGGCUCGAGAGGAGCUGAUGAGGAUGCUGGCGGAGGACGAGCUCAGAGACGCCGUGCUGCUCGUCUUCGCUAACAAACAGGAUUUGCCGAACGCCAUGAACGCUGCCGAGAUCACAGACAAGCUGGGUUUACACUCGCUGCGCCACAGAAACUGGUACAUCCAGGCGACGUGUGCGACGAGCGGGGACGGCCUGUACGAGGGUCUGGACUGGCUCUCUAACCAGCUCAAGAACCACAAAUAAUAAUAAUAAUAAUAACAACAAUAACAAUAAUACUCAACAAUAAUCCUCCUGCCUUUUGCUCCAUCCUCACACACACACACACACACACUGUAGCGCUCUCAUCUCAUCUCUCAUUUGGUUUUAAAACGGAACCUUCCGGAAGUUGCACACACACACACACACACACACACACACACACUCUUAUUAUUAUUUUGUUUUGUACCUGAUCAGUUUCCGGAGCGCUCUGAUGCAACACUCCGGGCGUGUGCCGAUCCAUCAGACUGUCGCGCGGGCGGAGAUGCCGCGGGUGUCGGCGCAGACUAGCGGUCGAGUCAGCGUGACCCGAGUCGCCCCCACCCCCCGCCCGUGUGAUGAACCUAAAGACUUGUAUUCGGAUUUGUAUACUCUUUAAAAAACCCUCUGCUAUACUGUGAUGAUCCGCACAUGCCUGUGUAUUUGUUUUUGUUUUUAUAUAAAUAUAUAAAUAUAAAGAUGUAGAUCUGUACACUCAU